CUUCUCAACGUUAAACAACGGCGCCCUAGGUCACGUGACAGCAUCUGCUGCUGCCUGCUGGCUGAGCGAAGCGUGUUAGCAGAUGCGGGUUAUAGUCUUACAUGGUAUAUAAAAAUUUUUCUAUUUUGUACAUACAUUGUUUUGUAUAUACUGUAUAUGAUGACUUCAGUGGUCAGCAAUCAAGUCCGGGGGACCCGGGACAAGCCGCUGCCCACCACCACCACACAAACAACACAGAAACAAAUACAGGUGGAGUAUUAUCAGUCCACGGCUUCUUCUUUUCACCAGGCCACAGCAGAACAGAUUCGUUUAGCCCAGGUGAUCUAUGACAAAAAUGAUUCCGACUUUGAGGACAAGGUCAAACAGUUAAUUGAGGUAACUGGGAAGACUCAAGAUGAGUGCAUGGUUGCCCUCCAUGACUGCAACGAAGAUGUAAACAGAGCCAUAAAUUUCCUGCUUGAAAGCACCUCUGACACUAACUCCUGGGAAACUGUCGGAAAGAAGCGUAGCCUUGGGAAAGAGGGAGGCCCCUCAGACAUAAAGGAGACCAGGGAGAAGAGAGGAGAGAGAGAGGUCAGCCGUGGACGUGGGGGGCCCACCAGGAAGGGUAGAGGAAUCAGUCGAGGGCGUGAAGGUCGGUCAGAGGAAAAUGGGUUUGAGGUGGCUCCUGGAGAGAGGGGGGCGGACCGUGGACGUAGGGGUCGCGGCAGAGGUGUGGGGGUUCGUGGCAGAGGUAGAGCAGCUGGUGGUAGCAGGUUCUCUUCACAGGGAAUGGGCACCUUCAAUCCUGCUGAUUACACUGCUAACUCUGGAGCCCGGCAGGAGAGUUGGGAAGGGGAUGGCAACGAAACUGCUGAGGGAACUGGAACAUGGGGAGGCAAUCUGGAAGACUGGAAUUCAGAAGAAUGGAAUGAGGAUUUGUCUGAGACCAAAGUAUUCACUGCCUCUUCUGCUCCAUCAAACCACAUAGCACCUGGACAUAAUGUGGACCUGGCUAGCCUACUGCCAAAGACUGGACGUUCUGUGGAUUCUGACCUGGGAGGGAUAGUCGAUGGUCCCUCUGCUGAGGAUUUAGGCCAAAGCCUAGUGUUCACAAAUUCCCACCACAAUGGACGCACUGCAACACACAGCUACGCACAUGCCACGGCCAACACCUACGCCCAUGCCGCCUCUGCUAGCACCACCUAUGCACAUGCUGCACUGUCCUCAGUCAUUGGUUCUGGUUCCUUGAAUGCACCAAAGCAGACACCAGCACCUGACAUUCGGACAUCAGAGCAACUCAACGGGCCGCGACUUGGUCAAAGAGCAAGUCAGAUGUUGGCAACCACCAGCAGCACUAGUGUUUCCAAAGAUGCAGGGUCAGCUCAAAUGCAAAGUCCAGCUCCUGCUCCCUCAGCCUCUGCUGACACCAAGCCACAGAGAGUUGAGAAUGGCCCAGUUACAACCCAACACGUGGAAAUCAAGCUUCAGCCAGAACCAUCGGCAGUGCUCAGCCAGCUGGCUCAGAGGCAGCAACAGUCCUCCAACCUCCCCUCCACAGAACCUCUGGGAUUAUCUCAGUCGCAUGCAGCUCAGGCCCCCACCCCACCAGGCCAUGAGUCCUUUGCUUCUGUUGGAGAUGGAGCUUCUCCUAUCAGCAAGUUGUCAGGCCUGGAGUCUCCAAUAGCUGAGCCUCCUCAGCGGCAGAUAAAGACACAGAGACGCAGAGCACCUCCUCCAUCAAAGAUUCCAUCAUCAGCUGUGGAAAUGCCAGGCUCAGCAGAUGUAUCAGGUCUCAAUGUUCAGUUUGGAGCUCUCGACUUUGGGUCUGAGGCAGGAAGUGGAACAGUUGACAUGUCUCAACCCGAGUCUACCAGGGAACAUGCACCUGCAAUUAUGUCUGUUCCUCCAGCUGUUCCCACACAACCAUCACAGAGCAGCAAAUACUCCAAGCCAGGAGCAGUGAGUGAACACAUGAGCAGCUUACCAUCAGGUGCUGCAGAUCCCAGUUUCCCUUCACCGUCUUUGGGCUUGCCCAGUGCUACUCCAUCCCCCUCCCUUGGUCUCCCCAGUGCAGCAGCACCAACCUCCACAAAUCUCCCAACAACAGCCAGUCGUGUGGAUAAUGGUGGCCCCAGAACUCUGCCUCAUCUUGGCUUCCCUCAGAGCAAAGAUGUUCCAUCAGCUGCUAACGCCUCUCUGACGAAUGGCUAUGGCAGCAUGAAGACACAGAGCACACAGGAAACUACAUCAUCAUCUAGAACAGUAAAAACUGAGUCUCCUGUAAUGACGAGUGAGAGUGGUUCAGGCCACCACGUCCCUUCUCCUGCAGUGACACCUUCCCACUCGACAUCCAUCACCUCACUCAGCAGUCAUGUGAGCAGCACUCAGCCAGCUGGAUCUGCUCUUGCCACAAGCUCCUCCCUCACAAUAACUGAGGAGAGCAGCACCAACCUCAAUGCCUUUUCAUCAUCAUCGUCAACCAGUCAGGUUGUCAAUCCCAGCGCCCCCCCAACUCUUAAUAGCUCAUCUACAAAUGGCCUGCACCAAUCCGGAGCACCUGGACUAAUUUCAAACGGCACAAACACCACCCCCUCUGUUGCAGGCACCCGCACGGCACCUCUGCUCACCGCCACCUCUGGUAAAGCUCCUCCUAACUUGGCGCAAGGAGUACCACCUCUCCUAGCCAACCAGUACAUUAUGGGUCCUGGUGGCUUGCUCCCUGCUUACCCGCAGAUUUAUGGAUAUGAAGAAUUGCAAAUGCUGCAAUCUCGGCUUCCUUUGGACUACUAUGGUGUAACAUUCCCUGGUGCUACAGCUCCUAUACCUGGAAGAGAUGGCCUGGCAAAUAACCCUUAUUCUGGUGAGGCUACAAAGUUUGGCAGGAAUGACUCUUCAUCCCCAGCUCCCUCAACCAGCCUGUCCUCAACCGGUGUGCAGUCACAGGCCCAACAGACACAGCAGGCAGGUACACAAGGGCAAGGCCAGGGUCAGAACCAGGGUCAACAGACACAGAACCAGGCCUUCCUCAACCCCCCUCUACCCCCCGGCUAUGGAUACACGGGUCUGCCAUACUAUGCUGGCAUGCCUGGGGUUCCCUCAGCCUUCCAGUAUGGUCCCACAGUCUUUGUGCCUCCAGCCUCAGCCAAGCAGCCUACAGUGGGCCUGGCCAACCCCUCCAAUCAGUACCACCAACAGCAUCAGCCCAGUUACGGACAGCACACAUAUGGAACAGCCUUUGAUGACCUGUCUCAAGCCCAUGGUGGGGACUACAAUAAAGCAGGGUAUGGAGGGUCAGCCCAAUCACAGGCCAAGUCAGCGGGCAGCGGCCCUGGAAAAGCCCCAGGAUUGUCAGGAACGGGAACCAGUGGUGGAGUACCUGAUAUGGGAGGUUCUAUCUACAGCAAAACUCAGUCUUUUGACAAACAGGGCUUCCACACAGGGACCCCACCUCCCUUCAGCCUUCCCUCAGCACUGGGAGGAACAGGACCCCUGAACCCUGGAGGUGCACCUGGCUAUGCGCCUGCUCCUUUCCUGCACAUCUUGCCUCCACACCAACAGCCGCACUCCCAGCUGCUGCACCAUCAUCUCACUCAGGAUGGACAGGGUGGGCCUGGUCAGCGCAGUCAGUCCAGCGGUAUGCAGCAGAAAACCCAAGGCAGCAAGUCCAGCUACGGCAGCUCACCAUACUGGGCAAAUUGAGGAAUGCUCCCCAGCCCCACCCCACCUCCCCCAAAAGGCUGUAUGCGUGUGUAGAGCUAAAACAAAAUCGCAAACAGACACUAUCUUGUCAAUGGGCAACCUCGCUCCCCCCACCUCCCAUGUCCUCAUAAGUCUUUUGGGUUCUCUCCCUCCCCCUCUUUUCAAAAUUGGUUGUACAUGUAAGAUAUUUAUGUAUGUAUUUAUAUAUAUAAAUAUAUAUAUAUACUGUAUAUGUAAUAGUAGAACAUGAAAUGUGGUUGCUGCAUUUUAUUUUUGAAGGACUUUUGUUUACUUUUUUCAAAACUGCAGGAAAAAAUGUUACGUUGAAACAGAAUGAGAUUACAAUGAUGAAAUGGAGUGAAGAGGAUAAAUCAUCAGACCCUUCUGGAAGAAACUAGAAAAAAGGAAAAGGAGAGCGCAGCAGCACUGAUUGCAUAUGAGGACACUUCAGAUGGGGGUGGGGUUUAUAAUGACUAACUGCAUCUGUCUCCUUUUUAUUUUCUUUUUAUACAUCGACUUCCUCAAUGGCCAAGCUCAUCCCCAUUAACCCUUUUUUUGCAGCUUCCCCUCUGGCCACUCUGUCUCUCUGGAAGCUGACUCCUCCCUGUGUCAAUACCUUCCCCUUUUAAAGAUAGACCUGCCCAUCUAAAUUUUAUAUUUUAAUUUAAUUUUAACCCUCAUUUCUCCCGAAAUAAAGUUCUGAGCAGUUGGAAUGGUGAUCUGUGUUUUGUUUGAAUAUCAAAUCUAUCAAUCAUUCUCAGGUUAUUUGUAGCCUAAGUCCUGAUAAAUGGUAAGUUAAAAAGUAUCUUCAUUUAUAAUUUUAGCAGUCUUUGAUACCAUAUCAAGCAAAAUAUGUUGGUGUUUAUCAUGGUUGGUCAGUGGCUUCAUGGCCAAAAACUUUUUUUUUAGAAUGAAAAGGACUUCCUUUGGUAAAUAUGUAUCC